UUUUCUCUCUCCCAUGUUCUAUGAUUUGCUCUCCUAGAAAUCCAUUAUUCGAAGUCGCGCCAAUCCCAGCACCAAACAAGAAGGGUUCGUUCUUGGUUCUCCUAUUAUUUCCCACGUCAAUUAUUCGUUCUAGUCCCAUCUUGAAGAUGAUGAAUUAAACCCUGUUACCACGAUUACUUUUGGUGUUCGAUUUAUUGUCAAAUUGAUAUAGCAUGAGAAAUAGGUCAACAGUUUCUUCGGCUACAUCAAAGAACUCCAGUGAGGGUGAGAGUCAUGGUGUGUUGAAGUCUGAGAAGCAGGCAAAGGGUAAGGAUGUAGUGACUGCAAAGAGAUCAGCUUUUGUUGUUCUGGCUUUGUUUAUACUGGUCAUACAAGGGAUAUGGGCAGUUCAUCAUUAUCAGUUCGAGAGCUUGCCAGAACCUCUUACUGCCGAGCAGGUGGGUAAAAGGGGGUUUUCAGAGGAGGCGGCAACUAAGCAUGUCGAAGAGUUGACUCAAUUGGGUCCUCAUCCUGUUGGUUCUGAUGCUUUGGAGCUUGGUUUGCAGUAUGUCUUAGCAGCAGCUGAGGAAAUAAAGAAGACAGCUCACUGGGAGGUCAACGUUGAAGUGGACCUUUUCCAUGCAAGCUCCGGUGCUAAUAUCCUGGACGGUGGACUUUUUAAGGGGAGAACGCUUCUUUAUUCAGAUCUGACACAUGUUGUUUUAAGAAUCUUGCCGAAAUAUGCAUCUGAAGCACGAGAUAGCGCUAUUCUGGUCUCUUCUCACAUAGAUACUGUCUUCUCAGCGGAAGGAGCUGGUGACUGCAGUUCAUGUGUAGCUGUUAUGCUGGAGCUCGCUCGAGGAGUCUCUCAUUGGGCUCAUGGUUUCAAGAAUUCUGUUAUUUUCUUGUUCAAUACUGGGGAGGAAGAGGGCUUGAAUGGUGCCCAUAGCUUUAUAACUCAGCAUCCAUGGAGCAGUACUAUACGUAUGGCUGUUGACUUGGAGGCCAUGGGCAUUGGAGGAACUUCUGCUAUAUUUCAGGCUGGUCCUAAUCCAUUGGCUAUAGAGAACUAUGCAUUGGUAGCGAAAUACCCAUCUGGUCAAAUUCUUGCUCAGGAUCUUUUUACUUCAGGUGUCAUAAAAUCUGCUACUGAUUUUCAAGUGUACAAAGAGGUUGCUGGUCUUUCUGGGCUUGACUUUGCUUAUGCAGACAAUACUGCUGUAUAUCACACAAAGAAUGACAAGUUAAAGCUUUUAAAACCAGGUUCUCUUCAGCAUCUUGGAGAAAAUAUGCUUGCUUUUCUUCUUCAUACUGCUGCGUCCUCUCAACUUUCUAAAAGCAAAGAAAUUGCGGCCAAUGAGAAAACUGAUGAAGAUACUGCCAUAUAUUUCGACAUUUUGGGAACAUACAUGGUUGUAUUUCGUCAACGGUUUGCCAACAUGCUCUACAAUUCGGUCAUCAUGCAAUCCAUGAUGAUAUGGGCUACAUCAAUUUUGAUGGGUGGUUCAACUGCUGCUAUCUCUUUAGCCUUGUCAUUUUUAAGUAUCCUACUAAUGUGGAUAUGUUCGUUAAGUUUCUCUAUGGCUGUUGCCUUCAUUCUACCGCUCAUAUAUUCAUCACCAGUUCCCUUCAUUUCAAGCCCAUGGAUUGUUGGAGGUUUAUUUGUUUCCCCUGCUUUCCUUGGGGCUCUUACCGGUCAACAUAUUGGUUAUGUAAUACUAAAAACAUAUAUAUCACGUGUAUUUUCCACAAGACUGGAGAACCUGUCUCCUGUGGUUCAAGUCAGCUGGGCAAAAUUGGAAGCUGAAAGAUGGCUCUAUAAAAGCGGGUUGUUGCAAUGGCUUAUUCUUCUAGUGGUGGGACAUUAUUGCAAAGUUGGAUCUUCCUAUUUAGCUCUUGUGUGGCUGGUCUCGCCAGCUUUUGCUUAUGGAUUGCUUGAAGCAACUUUAUCCCCAACCCGAGUACCAAAGGCACUCAAAACAAUAACGCUAUUGCUGGGACUAUUUGUACCAUUUUUAAUCUCUGGUGGCAUGUUCAUCCGAUUGGCAGGAACGGUUGUUGGUAUGGCUGUUCGCUUUGACAGGAAUCCUGGAGGCAAUCCUGAAUGGUUGGGGAGUCUUGUACUUGCUGUGUACAUAUCGGCUGUCAUAUGCCUUACAUUGGUGUAUCUCCUUUCAUAUGUGCACAUAUCAGGUGCAAAAAAUCUUAUUGCAAUAGCAAGCUUUAUUGUGUUUGGUCUUUCAACGACUCUGGUGAUAUCUGGACUCAUCCCGCCGUUCACAGAAGACGUUUCCAGAGCCGUAAAUGUUGUUCAUGUUGUGGACGCAUCGGGAAGAUUUGAAGAACCAAGUUCUUAUAUAUCUUUAUUUUCGACUACUCCUGGAAGGUUAACCAAGGAGAUUGAACAUAUUGGCGAAGGGUUUGUAUGUGGAAGAGAAAAUGCUGUUGAUUUUGUCACUUUCACUGCUUCGUAUAGUUGUUGGACCAAGGACGACUCAGUCAAUGGAUGGAGCAAAUCAGACGUCCCAAUUCUAGAAGUGGAGAGCGAUUCAAGAACUGAUGACAGACUUACACAAGUCACAAUUGAUACUAAAGUUUCAACACGAUGGUCUCUUGCAAUCAAUACUAAUAAAAUAGAAGAUUUCCGACUCAAAGAUGCUGAAAAUGGCGAGGAGCUGAUCCAAAUUGGCCAGAAAAGGAGUGUAGAUGGAUGGCAUAUUAUUCAGUAUUCUGGAGGGAAGAAUGCUCCCACAAGGUUUGAUCUGAAUCUUUACUGGGCCAAAAACCAAACCGAGGGGCGAAAUGAUCUCCUGCUGAAACUAAGAACAGAUGUGAACAGAUUGACUCCAAAAGUGAAACGGGUUCUUGAGAAGCUUCCUUCAUGGUGCUCGCUGUUCGGGAAGUCUACAUCUCCUCAGACGUUAAGUUUCUUAAGUAAUUUACGCGUUGAUUUCUGAUCUAACGAUACUAAGACAUUGUUUAUUGGAAAGUUUUUGGAUGUGAUCGUAGUUUCAAGUAAGGUGGUUCUUUGAAGAAAUAAAAUUACUCGUAUUUAUCAAUCUACGUUCGAGC